AUGGAGGGGAGGGCGGGGAAGCGGAGACUGAUCGAACGGACGAAGUUGAACGAAGACUUCCAGACCUACAAGCUCUGCAAUGAACCCAUGUUCAAGACCAUCACCAAGACUCGGAUCUCCUCUGGACUCCGUGUGACCAGCAGGCAAUUGGGGUCAGGAGUGGAUUAUGCGAGUACUGCAUUCCGCAUCUGCUUCGACGACCUCCAGCGCGACCGGCUGCAGCCUCAGUCAUCGUUCUUCCUAGUGAGGAGGGAUAGUGGGAUCUCCCGCCUCCAGCUCAAGGGAGACGAUAUCGAGCUGGAGCAUGUGGUGCAGCUCAGGCCCAAGCUGAGGAGCGGGGAGAUUGUAUCUGUGUGCGGGGAUGCUCAGUAUGUGGUGGUGUGCCGGCAGGACGGGAAUGUGUCGCUGAUCAAGAGGAGCUUGUCGCCAUCGCAUUCGUAUCAUGUGUUUGCGCGGGCCAAGUUGCAAGAGCACGGAUCCUGCGUCGACGUCUGCCGUGUGAAGGAGGAUGACAAGGACGUGGAGGAAGAGAGCGAUGAGUCCGAAAGGGAGGUCAGGAGAGUCGACUACCACGAGGGGUACCAUGUCGUGGACCUGAGGUACAGCCCAGAAGGGAAGACCCUCUCCAUCCUCCUGGCCGUCUUCUCUGCCCUCGACGAGUCGAACGAGUGCGGCCUCCAACCGUCUGCUUGCAAACUCCAGCUCGUCAAGCUCCAGCAUGCGGAGGAUGACGAGUCGUUGUCUCUGCUCUACAGCGCUGGGCUCAAUGUAGGAGGAAUCUAUCCUGACCUGGCGCGCAUCUGGCCGUCUGCCGAUGAGAUCUUCACGGUGUCCCGAAUCCCGUUCCAGCAGGAGGAGGAGAACGUGAGGGGAAAGGGACAGCUUGUCGACCUCUCCUUCCUUGACAUCAUGGACGAAGCUCCAGUGUACAUCUCCAGAUGCAAGCUGCGAGACGGCAGCGGGGAGGGCGCGGGCUCCUCCACUUGGAGGGUGGCCAGCGAGAAGCUAGAGGAUGCUGGGAAUCACUUUCAGUUCGUGGCUUUAAGUGGGCCGACAGCUGAGCCUUACGACCUUCCCAUGCUGGGAGUCUCGACUACGGGUCCUACUGGAAUGAACGACCUCCACGUGCUCAAGCUCUCCGAUCCACAGACUGAGAUGAUGACACUUGUCAAGGUCGAGGAAGGAGUUGCGGCAAAGAUCGAGCACCUCUCCUCCUUCUCUGCCAUCGCGUACAUCCAUAAGCACAAGGAGGAGAAGGUGGCAGUGACCUUCAGCUCGGACCUGAGCUUUCUUGUCAUGAACGACGCUUCCUUCAGCUUCACGGUGUUCGAGCACUGCAAGAGAAGGAGGGUUUCGAGAGAGGAAGUCAUACAGUUCGAUGAGGAGGACGACGUGAUUGCCGGAUGCGCCAUCGGCAGCAAGUAUCUCGUGCUCACCGAGACUCACGCGAAGCUCUACAAGCUACAGGAGGGAGAGCCGAGCGAGGAAAGCGUGCGGGAGGAAACGAACAUGGAUCGUCUGCAGAAGGAGCUAGGAAUGAAGAUACCAGAGCACCUGCUGGACGACUGGUGA